GGUUGAGUACAGGGUGGUUCAUGGUUAAAAAUAGUGUAGCUUAGCCCUGGAAAUGGUAAACAAAUUGCUGGGGCGAUGGAUAAUCUGUGUAUGUAUUGCAAGCAAAGACGAGGCUUGUCCGUAAAACGUGGAGGAUCACUGCCGAAAACCAUUUGCCUGCUGUGCCUGCACUUGGACACAUUUGGCACUGCCCACGAGUCCCGUGCUCAAACUGGAGAAGGUGUCACCAUCAAAGAGGAAGAAGCCUCAAUUGAGGAAGAAGUCCCUGAGCAGAAGCACUUAGUAGGGGAAAAGAUCGUUGAGGAGAAUCCCAUAAUAAAGAAAGAAAUUCUUGAGGAGGAAUCCGCCAUCGAGGAAGAAGUCCAUGUGGAGGAGCCCAUAGUUGAGGAAAAGGUCAUUGAAGAGGCUAUCAAAAUUAAAGAAGAGGUCCUUGAAGAUGAACCCGCACAGGGAGGGUACUUCAUCAUAACAGAAUGCCUGGAAGAACCAGCAAUGGAAACUUGCCUGGUUUGCCAGGGGAAGUCCGAGCACUUGGUCAAUAUAUUCGACGAGUCGCCGGAUUUAGGAAUUCCUAUUGCCACUAUGAUAUCGCAGUCCAGCGAAAUGCAGGUCGAGAAAGGAAACACGUUUCCCGAAACUAUUUGUCUGUCUUGUUUGGAGUUUGUGCGAAAAAGUUACGAAACUAUACAAACUAACGAAAUGAAUGACCAUCUACACGGCCAAGUGAAAGAAGAAAUCAUAGAGGAUGACUUAGUUCAGGUAAAAAACGAGCCAGUUGAGGAAGACCCCCUCGAGGAAGUCUAUGGAACUGAUCAAUCCAAUCAGGGAAGAACCCAAUCAACCUGCGAGGGGGCUUACAAAUUUCACUGCUAUCAUUGUCCUAUGGUUUUCAAGGAUUUUACCGCCCUGACAUCUCACGUCCAGGAUCAUGAGGCGAAUGGUGAUAAAGAUCUCACGAAAGAAACCCCGCACAGAUGCCCUCAUUGUCCAAAGAUAUUCCUACACGCUGCCAACUUUGAAGCCCACGUUCGCUCGCAUAAUGAGCCAGUUGCCGCGGAAGCUCCAAGGCUCAAGUGCCCAGUAUGUCCCAAGAUAUACUUUAAGCAGGGCAAUCUUGCAGCUCACAUGUUGAUACAUAAACCGGCUGAUGGAAAAGGACCACCUUUCAAGUGCCCAGACUGCCCGAAAAUAUUUCUAUACGACAGUUUUUUUCAAGUUCACCUGCGAACACAUAUGGAUAGGAAUAACGCAAAGAAACUUUUAGCGGAAACAUCGUGUCCAAAAGUGAAUCUAGACGAAAAAGCUCUGCGAGAUGGCAUCCGGCAACAUGCCGAUGAUACGAAAGAACCUUUUGCGGAACCACCGUACAAAUGCCCCGACUGCCCCGAGAUAUUCUCAAACUAUUUGCUUUUCAAAGAUCACAUCGAGACGCACAAGGAACCGCCGAAGUCAAAAUGCCCCCACUGCGAGAAGUCAUUUCGAAGUGAAGCGAAACUUCAAACCCACGAUUGCGAUUUCAAACCUGUCAAGUGCCCCAAGUGCCGCAAGUUCUUCCAAGGCCAGUUCUAUCUGAACUAUCACAUCAUGAGUAGUCACAGGUCGAAGGGACCGUACAAGUGCAUAAAGUGUCAGCGUGUCUUUGAAAACAAGAGCACCCUUAAGGAGCACGUAUUUGCUGAAGAAUGCGUACGAUUUUUCAGGAGCAAGGAGCCGGGCGAAACCUUCCAGUGCUCCCAAUGCUCUCAGUCGUUUCGAAGCAAAGACCUUCUCAAAGCGCAUUGGGCGACACAUAAGAAAAAAAAUCGCUUUAAGUGUAAGCUUUGUCCAAAGGCUUUCCGCAGAGAACACAGUCUUAAAAUGCACAGCAUGGACCACAGAAAGAAGUCACCAUACCGCUGUGAAGACUGCCCCUUGUCCUUCAUAACGAAAAAACGUCUUAAGGAGCACACGCGUACCCACAAAAUAAGAGCAGAGGGCAAGAGAAAGUGCCGCAUUCUUAAUAUAGACUACAGCGAAUCUGUGGCACGCGUCGAGGGAAGUGAGGAGCAGCUCAAUAUAGCUCAGUUCGUUAAACGCAACAAAAGAGACGCAACUGGUCCAUUAUGAUUGAUUAUGAAGAAAUUGUUAUACCCACCACCAAAUAAACACUCAACAGUACAAUUUGCAUAUUAA